GAAAGCCAUGGCCCCUGAUAAGCUGGCUGAGCUCUGGUCCAUUGACCCCAAGCGAGCCAAAAGAAUCCUGGCGAAUAGGCAGUCAGCUUCCAGAUCAAAAGAGAGGAAAGCGCGAUAUAUGACUGAAUUAGAGAGAAAAGUUCUGACCCUUCAAACAGAGGCGACCACUCUUUCAGCACAACUUUCUCUUUACCAGUUGACUCUUGUUUUGUUUGGUCUGCUACUUCUAUAGAGGGACACAACAGGACUUUCACAUGAGAAUACAGAGCUUAAGCUUCGUUUGCAAGCCAUGGAGCAACAGGCUCAGUUGCAUGAUGCUCUGAAUGAAGCACUGAAGCAUGAGGUCGAAAGGCUCAAGAUUGCCACUGCAGAUCCAAUAACAGCAUCGUCAUCAUCCUCAUCAUCUCCCGACACAUAUGGUUUUGGAAUGCACAACCAUUAUCCAUACAAUCAGUCUGCAGCCUACUUUUCACAGUCAUCAGCGGCUCCUUAUUACCCAGCAGCAGUGAUUCAAAGUCUACGAGAUACAAUGAUGGGGCAGCAGCAGCAGCAAGAUCCUCUAGCUGGUAAUUUUCAGAGUCUUGAUAUCAGUAACAGGAGAGGGUCUCUUCUUUUAAACUGUGCUGAUGAUGCCUCUUCCAGCCAAAGCAACAUUACAUCCUCAUGAUUCAACAACAUAUAAUGCAUCAACUCUAUAAUAUAAUGAAGAAUUGUUCAUAGGCUGACACCAUGUGUUUUAACAUCCAGGGAAAAGUCGAUCAUUCUUCUUUCCUUUUUUUGGAAUUCUUUGAAUUUAUUUUCCCCUUUGAAUUGAGCUGAAUCGUUCUCAGUAUACUAUGUAACCUCUGAAAAUCUUGUUACUCUUUGUUGCUGGGGAAUUUAUUUAAAAUUAUUUUGUUACAUUGUAAUAAUUGAAGAAAUCUUGUAUUGGUCACGUGUGGCUUUGUUUUCCCUGUACUUAUUUUUCGUACUACCAAAAAUGAUCAUAU